CUAGUAAAACGUAGUCACUAAGAAAUUUACAAGAAAACAAAGAGAACUUGCGUGGUCCUUUCCAAGUUGUGAUAUUGAACACAUGAAACACUCUUUAUUAUACUUCUUAGUCCUUAUAAAUACUACACACCCUUGAGUUCAUACAACACAAAAGUUAGAAAAACAAUCCAACAUAUUUCUAUUACAUUUAAACAUUUGAAAUUAUAAAAAAUGGCAAUGGGAAUUGGGGAACUAUGGUCACAAAUGGGGUCAAUUAUGGCUAGCAUAAUGUUUGUAUAUGCCAUGUAUGACCGAUUUUUCCCACCUCAUCUUCGUAGAUAUGCUCUAAAAUACACAACCAAAUUCACAAACCUUAUGUAUCCUUACAUCCAAAUUACCUUCCAUGAGUUAUCUGGAGAGCGUCUCAAACACAACGAAACUUACAAAGUCAUCCAAACAUAUCUUAGCGCGAAUUCAUCACAAAGAGUCAGAAAGCUUAAAGCUGAAGUAGUCAAAGAUAGCCAAACCCCACUUGUUCUAAGCAUGGACGACAAUCAAGAGAUCGUAGAUGAGUUCAAUGGAGUCAAAGUUUGGUGGGCUGCGAAUCACACCACCUCAAAAUCACAAUCGUUUUCUUACUACCCUGCUUCGGAUGAGAAAAGAUUCUUAACACUAACGUUCCACAAAAGGCAUCGUGAUCUUAUCACUACCUCGUAUAUCCAACAUGUGUUGGAACAAGGAAAGGUUAUUACCUUGAAAAAUAGGCAGUUAAAGAUUUUCACCAACAAUCCAAGCAAUAAUUGGUGGAGCUACAGAAGCAAGAAAUGGAGUCACACAACUUUUGAGCAUCCUGCAAGGUUUGAAACACUUGCUAUGGAACCUGAGAAGAAAGAAGAGAUCAUAAAUGAUCUAGUUAAGUUCAAAAAUGGGAAAGAGUACUAUGCUAAAGUUGGGAAGGCGUGGAAGCGUGGUUAUCUACUUUUUGGUCCACCAGGAACAGGAAAAUCUACCAUGAUAUCAGCUAUUGCUAAUUUCAUGAAUUACGACGUGUAUGAUCUUGAAUUAACAGUUGUUAAGGAUAAUAAUGAUUUGAAAAGACUUUUGAUUGAGACAUCAAGCAAAUCAAUUAUAGUGAUUGAAGACAUUGAUUGUUCUCUUGAUCUCACAGGUCAAAGAAAGAAGAAAAAAGAGAAAGAUAAUGACGAGGAUGAGGAAAAACCCGAUCCUAUUAAGGAAGCUGAAAAAGAAGAUAAAAAAGAAAGUAAAGUAACUCUCUCUGGUUUGUUGAAUUUUAUUGAUGGAAUUUGGUCGGCAUGUGGAGCAGAGAGGAUCAUAAUUUUCACAACUAACUUUGUGGACAAACUUGAUCCUGCUCUCAUUAGGAGGGGAAGGAUGGAUAAGCACAUAGAAAUGUCUUAUUGUGGCUAUCAAGCUUUCAAGAUUCUUGCAAGGAACUAUUUAGAUAUUGAGUAUCAUCAUGAUUUGUUUCCCAUUAUUGAAAAGUUGUUGGGAGAGACUAAUAUGACACCUGCUGAUGUUGCUGAGAGUUUGAUGCCGAAGUCAAUCACCGAAGAUUUUGAGACUUGCUUGAAGAAUUUGAUUCAUUCUCUUGAGAUUGCAAAGAAAGCAGCCAAGGAUGAAGAAGAAAAGAAAAAGGCUGAGGAUGAGGAAGCUCAGCUCAAGGUGGAGAAAGAUAAACAAGAAUUGACUCAAGAGGAAUUAAAAGUGAAGGCUAAUGGUAAAUUGGAGAAAAAAGUGAAGGAGAAUGGUGUCACUAAUUAAUUUGUAUUAUAUUGCAAAAAAAAUGUAUAUAUAGGUAUGUAUUAUAUUUUAGUACAUGUUCAUAGUUGGCUGCUGUAAUAUAUUUCAAAUAAAAUAUAAUUUUAAGAGUUUGUAUGAAAUAAUUUUA